AAGGACGCCAUAAAGAUAGAGAAAUAUGAGUGGUUGUACCAACAAUGUAUGCAGAAUCUAGGAAGAGAUUUUGGCAACUAAAAACACUUCCUUUAUCUCUCAUCGACCUCAUAAUAAGAACUCCAGUCUCUUCCUUCAUCUUUCAUAAAUCAUACCCACCAACGCACGCUAUCUACCUUCUCCCUUUCACCUCUUGGUCUUUCUCUUUAUAUAAACAUUCAUAGUUUGAAGGCAUAAUUCAUUUUAUUUAAUGGAGUUGAAAUCAGAAUCUGCAAAGGUUGAAGAUACCCAGCAAGUUAUACUACUUGAACAACAAAAGGAAGAAGAAGAAGAUGAUGAUGAGAAACAGAAACAGCAAUUACAACAAAGUUUUCAUGUUUUGGCAGUUGAUGAUAGUGUCAUUGACAGGAAGCUUUUAGAGAAGCUCCUUAAAGUUUCUUCCUAUCAAGUGACUUGUGUGGAUUCUGGAGAUAAAGCUUUGGAAUUUCUAGGUCUGAUUGAUAAACUAGACACUCCUACUGAUUCUACUUCUUCAUCUCCUCCGCAGUCAUUACAGCAAGAGGGAUCCAAGGUGAACUUGAUCAUGACAGACUUCUGUAUGCCGGGAAUGAGUGGUUAUGAUUUACUCAAACGAGUCAAGGGAUCCUCCUGGAAAGAUGUACCGGUUGUGGUCAUGUCAUCAGAAAAUGUACCUUCAAGAAUCAGCAUGUGUCUGGAAGAAGGAGCAGAGGAGUUUCUGUUGAAGCCGCUUCAGUUAUCAGACCUGGAGAAGCUUCAGCCCCAUCUUUUAAAAUCCCUAAAUAUGAAGAGCCAAACCUGUACAGAAAGGGAGGAGGAGUUGAGGGAGGACAACAACAGCAAUAACAACAGCUCUAACAAUUAUAUAAACAACAGUAAUAGUUUUAGCAAGAGGAAGGCUUUGUCAGCUGAGCCCUCAGAGAGGAGGCCUAAAAUGAAAGAAUUGGCAGUAGUAUAAUUUUGAUAUUUUAUUUUAUUUUGAUGGGAGAUUGUGGUGUAAUUAGUUUACAAUAGAGAGUGCAUUAAUUUUCCUAUAUACAUUGGUUAUCUACUUGUUUAGUUGAUUGAUGACUGACAGGCUUUUCUAUCAAACAUAUACAUGAAAUUACGAACCAAA